AUGGUAGAACACGAGCUGGAAAUGCAAUUGAUGCCAAGUAAAGAUGAAAACCUGAAGCUCACUCUGCAGUUUGGUAUUCGAAUGCAUCAUGCAGGUUUGUCGCCUUCCGAACGUGGCGUUGUUGAACGUAGCAAGAAGCAGUUCUAUAAGAAGUUCUUGUACAAGCCUUUCUUUGUAGAAUCGAGUAUGCUACCUGUGCUGGCUAAUCCUGUCAAUGCUGAAAUCAGUUUGGGAACAACCUCUACUAAACAAGGAAUUAUGGAGGAUAUAUCAGGCACUUACUUCUACAGAAAACUGUUUGCUAACCCCAACUUCUACGAUCUCCAAAAUCCUA